AUGAAGAAGCUGCAUUAUUUCACAAUUUUCUUCUCACUCCUGAAGUUUUCUCUCACCUUGUACAGUUUGACUGAACCCAGUUGCUUUUGGAGGAUACAGAGUAAUGAAGAUAAAGAUGGAGAUUUGCGAAGUGACUGCGGUUUUGUUCUUUUCACACAUGAGGGACCUAUAGAAGAAAAUUUUUAUAAUAAUGCUAUCAGUUUUAGAAUUCCAGGAAGAAGAUACGAGUAUUUUUUGGUAAUGUAUUUUGCUACUGAUGAAAUCAACAAGAACCCUCAUCUUUUACCCAACAUGUCUUUGAUAUUCUCCCUCAUUGUUGGCAUGUGUGAAGAUACAUUGGGAUAUAUAGACGAAAAAUAUUCUCCGCAAAAAAAUGCAUCGAAUUUUAUUAAUUACAAUUGUGGAAUACUGCAAAUAUGUGACAUACAAAUUACAGGACCAUCAUGGACAACAUCCUUAAAACUGGCAAUUAAUUCUAGGGAACCGAAGGUUUUCUUUGGACCAUUUAAUCCUAACCUAAGAGACCGUGACCAGUUCCCAUAUGUCUAUCAGGUAGCCACCAAGGACACACAUUUGUCCCAUGCCAUGGUCUCCUUGAUGCUUCAUUUUAAAUGGACGUGGAUAGGUCUGGUUAUCUCAGAUGAUGAACAGGGUAUUCAAUUUCUUUCAGGCUUGAGAGAAGAAAUGCAAAGACAUGGAAUCUGUUUAGCUUUUGUUAAUAUGAUUCCAGAAACCGUGCACAUAUACAUGACGAGGGCUGAGAAAUAUGAUAAACAAAUUAUGACAUCAUCAGCCAAGGUUGUUAUCAUUUAUGGUGAAAUGAACUCUACUCUAGAAGUCAGCUUUAGAAGAUGGGGAUAUUUAGGUGCUCAGAGAAUCUGGAUCACAACCUCACAAUGGGAUGUCAUCACAAAUGAAAGAGAUUUCAGUCUUGAUUUCUUCCAUGGGACUAUCACUUUUGCCCACCACAAUGGGAGGAUUGCUGAAUUUAGCAAUUUUUUGCAAACAAUGAAUACUUCCAAAUACCCAAUAGAUGUUUCUCAGUCCAUGCAGGACUGGAAUUAUUUUAAUUGUUCAAACUCUAAGAACAGUGUUAGGAAAAUGGAACAUUUUACACUCAAUAACACAGUGGAAUGGUUAGCACAGCACAAAAUUGACAUGGUCCUGAGUGAAGAAGGUCACAAUUUAUAUAAUGCUGUGUAUGCUGUGGCCCACACCUACCAUGAACUCAUUCUUCAACAAAUAGAGUCUCAGAAAAUUCCAGAACUCAAAGGAAUAUUCUAUGACUGUCAUCAGGUGGGUUCCUUGCUGAAGAGUAGGGUAUUUACUAACCCUGUUGGUGAACUGGUGAAUAUGAAACAUAGAGAAAAUCAGUGUGCAGAUUAUGACAUUUUCAACAUUUGGAAUUUUCCACAAGGCCUUGGAUUAAAAGUGAAACUAGGAAGUUAUUUUCCUUGUUUCCCACAGAGCCAACAACUUUGUAUAUCUGAAGAUUUAGUGCGGGCCACAGGAGGAACCUCGCCUCAGGUCCCCACCUCCAUGUGUAGCGAGACAUGUGCUGCUGGGUUCAGGAAAAUUCAUCAGAAACAUAGAGCCAACUGCUGCUUUGAUUGUGUCCUGUGCCCAGAAAAUGAGGUUUCCAAUGAGACAGAUAUGGAGCAGUGUGUGAGGUGUCCAGAUGAUAAGUAUGCCAACUUAGAGAAAACCCACUGCCUGGAAAGAGCUGUGUCAUUCCUGGCUUAUGAAGAUCCAUUGGGGAUGGCUCUAGGCUCCAUGGCCCUGUCUUUCUCUGCCCUCACAGUUCUAGUACUAGUCACUUUUGUGAAGUACAAGACUACUCCCAUUGUGAAAGCCAAUAACUGCAUUCUCAGCUACAUCCUGCUCAUCUCUAUCAUCUUGUGUUUUCUCUGCUCAUUGUUCUUCAUUGGACAUCCCAACCAGACUACCUGCAUCCUGCAGCAAACCACAUUUGGAGUAUUUUUCACAGUAGCCAUUUCUACAGUGUUGGCUAAAACAAUAACUGUGGUCAUGGCUUUCAAGCUCACUACUCCAGGGAGAAGGAUGAGAGGGAUGCUGGCAUCAGGGGCACCUAACUUGGUCAUUCCUAUUUGUACCCUAAUCCAAAUUGUUCUCUGUGGAAUCUGGUUGGUAACAUCUCCUCCCUUUAUUGACAGAGAUACACAAUCUGAACAUGGAAAGACCAUCCUUAUUUGCAACAAAGGCUCAGUCAUUGCCUUCCACUUUGUUCUGGGAUACUUGGGUUCCUUGGCUCUGGGGAGCUUCUCUGUGGCAUUCUUGGCUAGGAACCUUCCUGACAGAUUCAAUGAAGCCAAGUUCCUAACAUUCAGCAUGCUGGUAUUCUGCAGUGUCUGGAUCACCUUCCUCCCUGUCUACCACAGCACCAGGGGGAAGGUCAUGGUGGUUGUGGAGGUUUUCUCCAUCUUGGCUUCUAGUGUAGGCUUGCUAGGGUGCAUCUUUGUCCCAAAGUGUUAUGUUAUUUUAGUUAGACAAGAUUCACAUUUUCUGCAGAAAUACAAAGAUAAAUUGCCUUACUGA